CAUAUCUUCCUUACAUGGCUCUUCUAUAUAUUUGUGUCCACCGGAAAACAGAAGUAUAAAAAAGAACAAAUAUAAUAAACAUGCCAGUAAAUAUAACUUCCAUUAAAACUUCAUCAAAUGGAGUAUGGCAAGGAGAUAAUCCUCUUCACUUUGCCUUCCCAUUAUUGAUUGUUCAAACCACAUUAAUCCUAGUCAUCAGCCGAUUUUUCGCCUUCCUUUUCAAGCCUCUCCGGCAACCUAAAGUCAUCGCCGAGAUAUUGGGUGGGAUUCUGCUGGGGCCAUCAGCUUUCGGGCGAAACAAAGAAUUCAUGCGAUGGAUUUUUCCUAAAUGGAGCAUAAUAAUACUUGAAUCAGUAGCUAGUAUCGGUCUUCUAUUCUUUCUUUUCCUGGUCGGUCUGGAACUCGACUUAACCUCGAUUCGUCGGAGCGGAAAACGCGCCUUUGGCAUAGCUUUCGCCGGAAUUUCUCUUCCUUUCAUCUGUGGCAUAGGCGUAGCCUAUGUCCUUCGCAAAACAGUUGAAGGAGAAGAAAAAGUUAGCUACGGUGCCUUCAUAGUUUUCAUGGGCGUAGCUCUUUCAAUCACAGCAUUUCCUGUUUUAGCUCGCAUUUUAGCGGAACUCAAACUAUUAACAACUUCCAUAGGUGAAACAGCUUUGGCAGCCGCCGCAUUCAACGACGUAGCUGCAUGGAUUUUACUAGCUUUAGCCGUUGCUCUAGCCGGAGAUGAAGGUGGCGGUGGCGGUGGUAAAUCACAUAAAAGUCCUUUAAUAUCAAUCUGGGUACUUCUCUCUGGUGUUGGAUUUGUUGUAUUUAUGUUACUUGUGAUUGCACCCGUUAUGAAAUGGGUUGCUGGAAGAUGCUCACCCCAACAUGGCGUGGUCAAUGAAUUUUACAUGAGCUUAACCCUAGCAGGAGUCAUGGUGUCGGGUUUCAUGACCGAUCUAAUCGGAAUCCAUUCGAUUUUUGGUGCUUUUGUAUUCGGAUUAACUAUACCGAAAGGAGGAGAGUUCGCCGAGAGAUUGAUCGAAAGGAUAGAGGAUUUUGUGUUGGGUUUGCUUCUUCCCCUAUAUUUUGCUUCGAGUGGAUUGAAGACGGAUGUGGCCGCCAUUCGCGGCGGGAGGGCGUGGGGGCUGCUUGCCCUUGUUAUAACGACAGCGUGCGCCGGAAAGAUUAUGGGAACGGUUGCGGUGGCGAUGAUGUUUAUGAUUCCAGUAAGAGAGGCAUUUACUCUUGGGAUAUUGAUGAAUACCAAAGGACUUGUAGAACUUAUUGUUCUUAAUAUUGGCAAGGAGAAGAAGGUGUUAACAGAUGAAGCAUUUGCUAUCCUGGUUCUAAUGGCACUUUUCACCACCUUCAUCACAACUCCAACGGUCAUGGCCAUUUACAAACCAGCUCGAACCAACUCCACCACCGCCUCUACUCGCACUCACCGGAAACUCGUCGAUCACUCCAACGACGAAUCCUCCGGAAAUGAAUUGCGCAUUCUCGCAUGUCUUCACGGUCCAGGCAACGUACCCUCACUCAUAACCCUAAUAGAACUAAUCAGAACAACCAAUACUUCCCAACUCAAACUCUUCAUCAUGCACCUCGUUGAGCUAACCGAACGAUCCUCUUCAAUCAUCAUGGUUCAACGCCUACGUAAAAACGGAUUGCCGUUCAUUAACCGUUUCCGCCGCGGCGAUGAGUGGCACGAUCAAGUCUCGGGAGCUUUCCAUGCAUACAGACAAUUAGGUCGGGUUUCGGUCCGGCCAACGACGGCAAUCUCUUCAUUGUCGACCAUGCAUGAAGAUAUUUGUCACGUAGCUGAGACUAAAAAGGUGGCCAUGAUCGUUUUGCCGUUCCAUAAGCAAUGGAGAGGAGAAGAAGGUGGUGAUCAAUCAAUGGAGAAUGUUGGACAUGGAUGGAGACUAGUGAAUCAGAGGAUGCUAAAGAAUGCGCCGUGUUCGGUGGCGGUUUUUGUGAACCGGGGAUUUGGAAAUGGUGAUCGAACUCCGGGGCCUGAGAAUGUGGCGGCGCAGAGGGUAUGCGUGUUGUUCUUUGGUGGAGCUGAUGAUCGUGAGGCGGUGGAGCUGGGUGGUAGAAUGGCGGAGCAUCCGGUGACUAAAGUUAGUGUAGUGAGAUUUGUUAAAAGAGAAGGGUUGCAGAGUAAAGCUGCUGUGUCUGAACAUUGUUCUCCGUCCAAGAGUCGGGAAUUGAAAAGAUAUAGCAUUUCCACCGCUACUUUGAAUCCUGAAAAAGAAAAGGAACUAGAUGACAAUGCAUUAGUAGAAUUCCGAAGCAAGUGGGACGGAAUGGUAGAGUAUACGGAGAAACUCGAAGGCAACAUUGUAGAAGGAGUGUUAGCCAUCGGUAGAAGCGGAGACUAUGAUCUUAUUGUCGUCGGAAAAGGACGUUUUCCGUCAAGUAUGGCGGCAGAACUAGCAGACCUCCCAGCUGAUAAUGAGCAUGCAGAGUUGGGACCUAUAGGAGAUGUGUUGGCUUCAUCAGGAAAGGGUAUUACAUCUUCAGUGCUUGUAGUUCAACAACAUGAUUUAGCUCAUGCAAAGGAUGCUCCGGAAAAAAAGGUUAAGUUUGACAAAUUAUCAGCCGAUGGAUCAUCGGAAUGUUGGUGGGUCCCUCCACAUGUGGGCCCACAUUUAGUUUAA